UGAAAAAAUUGUAACUUGUUGGUAAAUUCAAGUGAAUGAAUAAAUGAAGUUAUUUAAAUUUUAAUUUAUGUUGGCUAGAGCUCAUCCCUUUGCAUGCUAUCUUGGGUGAAGCUACAACAUUGCAAAUAAUUUGCCGUUGAUCUGACCUUGAACAACCCUUCGUCAGCCCUUGUUGUCCUUGUUUCUCCCUAAAUGUUCCAACCAAUCACAAGGUGAGAUUCAAAUGAAAGUACUGAACUUUCAAUGCAAGUAUAUCAAAUCAACCCUUUUCUGCUUUUUGAGAUGAAAUAAUAGGGACCCGGCUAUCUCCCCUCGUCCGCUAUAUUGUUCUACUUAUGAAUACUGCCCAGUCUCCCAGUGGGCGCGAUACUGACCGCCUGCGUACAUGGCCGACGGUGCGCGCGUCCGGCCUGAAGGCCAGAUAGAAAAUCCAAAUAAGAUUGGAUACGUGCAUCUAUUUCCAUCCUCUGCUCUUAGAGGUAAGAGUGCUACUAUACAGGUGCAAAAGGCGAGCCAGGAAAGCCUGGCAUGCCCAGGCAGUGUGGCAGGCCAGGUGACACUAAACUACCGAAAGACUAAGUCGUAUUUCUUUGGCCCAAAAGGAAAGAUUAUCACAGAGCCAGACCCGUGGUGCUUUAGACGUCCUAGAACUAAGCCAAAUAUACAAAUUCAUGAAAACAUCGUAAUAGCACCAGCCCGGGUGGUGGAUCAGGAGGCACCGUCCAGUCAGGAGAGACUGGCUAGCCAGAAUACCACAAAUGAAGGUAAUUUCAGGCAAGAAAACUAUGAAUAUUUGAUACAGGAGGGCCGCCAGGCAAAGCAAUAUUUGACGAACCAGGUUAAUAUAGAACAAAACAAUCAGGUUCACCUUGUUAACCAAGAUCCUGGGGAACAAGAUAUUAUUGACCUUACCCAGGAGUUUACUGAACGGCGCGAUUCCUCGAGUGAAGAUAAUGUUAACCAGUAUCACUGGAAGAGCCUGAUACAAAAGCAACUGGUUCGCCAAGAUUCUGCGGGCCACCACAAUAUCACACAAGACAACCAAGACAAUUCUUUACAAAAAUAUUUGUUUCGUCACGAUUCUAGGAGCCAGAAGAACGUCAGGCGAUGUAACCAAGAGACUCCGAUUCCAAAGCAACUGGUUCCCAAAGCCCCGUCGCAACAAAAUCACGAAGAGCAAGGUAUAAACAAAAAAGUUGGUUAUAGUUUUCCGAAUAAAUGUAAACUUAGGCAAGAUAUCCAAGAAAACUUGUCAGAAAACUUUACAAAAGACAUCGAUCAAGAGGAUCUGAUUAAGAAGCACUUAAUUCGCUACGAUUCUGCAAAUAAAUCUAAGGUAGAACAAGAUGCCUCACUAGACCAGUACCAGGUACAGCACGAUUCUACAAAGAAGCAAACUAGUGGACAUGCGGACUCUGACCUAGUUCAUCACAAUUCUGCACAAAGAAAUAACUAUAGAAAAGAGAGCAUAUCAAGCAAGUCCCCGGUGCAGCACGAUUUUAUAAAGACAAGUACUGUUGGUCAUGAGGAUCCGUUAGACGAGUACUUGAUUCGUCACAAACCUUCGGCCAAAAAUAACAUUACCCGGGAAAACGUAUCAAAAAAGCACUUGGUGGAUCACGACUCCGGUGAAAACAUCGACCAAAAGAACUUAUCGAACAAGUACGUGGGACUGCACGAAUUCGCGAAACACAAUAACUUAGGUCAUAAGGAUUUAAUUGAUAAUUAUCUAUGUCAUCACAAAUCUGCUAAAAAAUGCAACGACGAACAAGAGGAAACAUUUGACAAGUUUUUAGUUCAUCACGAUUCUGGGGUAAACGAGUUACUGAUAUCACAUAACUGUUCAAGGAAAGACGACAACAUCGAUCAAGGGCAUGUUUUAGACAAGUACGUUGUUCGCCAAGAUUCCGGUAAAAAAAAUUACUCCGGAGAAAAGACCAUCAUAAACAAGUCUGUGGCACAACACGAUUCUAUUGUGAAAGAAAGCAUUAAACAAGAAGACGAAUUAGAAUUGUAUUUGGCACAACACGAUUCUGCAAAGGAAAUUGAUGAUGGUCAGGAGGACUUGUUAGACAAGUAUUUAAUUCUGCACAACUCCCUGAAAUACAGUAACUCUGGACAAGACAAAAAUACAAAGCCGAGUACAGUGGUACGAGAAGUAGACCACGAUUGUGCAAAGCCAUAUACCAUCGAUCAAGAGGACCCCGUCGACAAGUACUUGAUCCGCCACGAUUCUGUAAACGAACAUACUCACCUCAAUUCAGUAACUACACCUAACUUAAAUUCUGAUGAACAUAACGUCGAACAAGAAAACCUGAUUGACAAAUACCUGGUUCGCCAAAAUAAACCUAGUGUUGGACAAAACAACGAAAAUACUUUAGUUGACAAGUACCUGGCUUGCCACGAUUCUGUCAAUAAUAAUAAAGAACAAGAGAGCGUAUAUAAUCAAUACCUGGUUCGUCCCGAACCUCCAAAGAAAAGUAACAUCACACAAGACAAGCAAGAAAGCGAUUGCAUGGUUCAUCAAGAUUCAGCUGAUCCCAAUAACGUUGAGCAAAGUAACCAAGGGAGCUUGGCGGGAAACGAUUCCACAAUGCCUCCUCCCGACAAAAAGGAUAAGAAGCAAGCUGUGCUUCAAACUUACUUGAAUCCAACAACUGCUGCUACAGUCAUCGCAGUGAAUGCCACAGAUGAUAAAGGUUUGCCUUCCGGGAUGGUAGAAUAUUUUGUGGACGAAGAUGGCAAAUACUACUACCAGUCGACAGUUGAUGGGCAAGCUUUGGUUAUGAACACACCGGCUGUCAACCAGGAUGAGACUGCUGAAACAUCAGAUGCAAUAAUGGCUGACCCUGGAGACACUUUCCAGACUGUCACCUUCGUACCCUCGGAAAACAACGGAGAGGUCAGCUAUGUGCUGGUCGUGCAGGAGGAGAAGGCUGUUGUCAACAUAGAUCUCAAGGUACCAAACCAGACGGAGGAAGAGAAAGGCAACGACGAUGUUUACAACUUCGAGGAGGAGGAAGCAGGAGAAGAGGCCUCGGAAGGAGAAGAUGAGGAGAUGGCAGAGGGUACCAAUAUUACCCCCAAGCACACACAGAAACGGACCAAAACCCUUAGACCGCACUUCACUUGCAACUUCUGCUCUUAUACUAGUCACCGACGUUACCUUUUACUCCGCCACAUGAAAUCUCACUCUGAGGACCGUCCUCACAAGUGCAGUGUGUGCGAACGUGGCUUCAAGACGAUCGCCUCUCUGCAGAACCAUGUCAACAUGCACAAUGGCAUCAAGCCCCAUGUCUGCAAGUACUGUAACAGCCCCUUCACUACCUCUGGUGAGCUGGUGAGACACGUACGCUACAAGCACACGCACGAGAAACCGCACAAGUGCUCGGAGUGUGACUACGCGUCCGUUGAGCUGUCGAAGCUACGUCGCCACGUCCGCUGUCACACUGGCGAGAGGCCGUACCAGUGCCCGCAUUGCACCUACGCGUCUCCAGAUACGUUCAAGCUGAAACGCCAUCUUCGCACGCACACCGGGGAGAAACCAUACAAGUGUGAGCACUGCAACAUGUGCUUCACACAAUCCAACUCACUGAAGGCUCACCGACUCAUUCAUAAUGUAGCUGAGAAGCCGAUGUACUCGUGUGAACUGUGCCCUGCUAAAUGUGGUCGUAAGACAGACCUUAGGAUUCACAUUCAGAAGCUGCACACUUCAGACAAGCCGCUCAAGUGUCGGCGCUGCGGGAAGACCUUCCCUGAUCGAUACUCCUGCAAAGUGCACAAUAAGACCCAUGAGGGUGAGAAGUGCUUCAAGUGUGACAUUUGCCCGUACGCUUCCACCACACUGCGUCAUUUGAAGUCUCACAUGUUGAAGCAUACUGAUGAGAAGCCAUUCUUAUGUGACCUCUGCGAUCAAUCGUUCAGGCAAAAGCAGCUGCUCCGUCGUCAUCAGAACCUUUACCACAACCCUAACUAUGUGGCGAAGCCUCCUAAAGAGAAGACGCACUCUUGCCACGAGUGCAAGCGUAUGUUCGCACACAAGGGCAAUUUGAUACGCCACCUGGCUGUCCAUGACCCAGACUCUGGUCACCACGAGCGCGCCCUCGCCCUCAAGAUCGGCAGGCAACGGAAGGUCAAGUUUAUUGAGGAAGAGCCAAUGAGGGACAUUCGCGUGGUUGAUUCCUCGGACGCGGCGGAGAUGAUGAAGCUGGGCUUGAGUAACAAUGAGUUGAAGCGAGGCGAGCUGGUGACGGUGUCUGAUGGAGACGGCCAACAGUACGUGGUCCUUGAAGUCAUACAGUUGGAGGACGGCACGGAGCAACAAGUCGCUGUCGUUGCUCCAGACUAUAUCGAUGAAGAUGAACAAGUAGAAGAGGAAGAAGAAGAGGAGGAGGAGGAAGAAUCAACACAGAGGACUUUUACCGUCAAGGACCCUGUGGCUGAACGGAGCAUCAAACUCGAAAAAGAUGUAGAUACCUGUUUUGGAUUUGAUGAGGAGGAUGAGGACGCGGAAGAUGAAGAUUAUACUGAUAAAGUAGUUUUGCGUUUAGUUUAGUGUUGUAUCAAUGUGGUACAGGUUACUGGCAUGGCUGACGACGUCUAUGGGACUAAAGUCCAAAAAAUAUUUAUUAUUCUACAGUUUUAUGUUCUCGUAAAUAGGAGGCGUAGUAUAAAUGUAGUGUUAAUUUAUUUCUUAAGACUUGUAUUAUGAUAUUUAUUUGUCCAAGUUACUUGUGGAUGACACUAGCUUUGCUCGGGUCCUGCGCGUGCAAUACGUUGCCGAGUUUUACAAGGCGCUGUUUUAUAACAAUAAAUGUAGCUCGUAAUGUAAAGAAAAUAUUUUAAUAUAACACAUCCAAGUAGGACAUUUUUGUUAUAAAAAGAGUUCGUAUAUAAAUCAUUUGUUCAAAAAGUGUAUGUUCGAGUUUUUUUAAAUAUUGAUGCAAUAUUUUCCUUGGUUUCUAGUUUUAUGCUAGUAAACCAGACCCACUGUUGGUAUUCAUUGAUAGCAUCUUCCAUCACCAAUACAUUCCUAUAAUGCAUUAUCUACUGGGAUGUAACUCUGGCCGGGAAUGCAGAAUACAGACAUCUUCGACAAACUCUUUAAGGUUCAAAGUCAAUUCAUUGAUUGCACGACUCGCGCCAUACAACAUAGAACUCACUUUCACAUUGUUUUACAUGUGACAACGGAAAGUAAGCGAGGACUAGUUAGUGUUAUACAUACAGUAACGGCGAUACAAGUAGGAUGCAGUCAGUCCAAUGUAUUAGCUUAACGUGGAAGGUAACGUGUGUCUCUUGAAUGUGUUUAAUGUAAGUGCUUUUACGAUGAUUCUCUUGGUGUUCGCUUUGUGUGUGUUUAUGCUUCGCGACACAGUGAUCAAGGCUGUGCGAAUGAAUGAUUUACAUUUUUAUUAAGUAGAUGUUGUAGAAGUUAAUUGGAUCGUGUCUCGCCAUCAAAGAGGCGAGCCACAUAGUCUUAGCUUUAUCUCGUAUUUUUAUUGAUGUACUAGCCUCCUUCGUACCGUCUAGUGUCAGAGAGACCCCACGCGUCACUUGAGUUUUAGAUUAUUUCGUUCUUACUUGUUGGUCAGCCCAGAUGCCAUGCCGGUAAACUGUCUUAUGCGUCGAUUGUUCUAAAUAAAAUAUAACAAUCGAUAUUAUGAUAGAUUUUGAGGUGUAACGAAAGUGCGUAACUAUAUUAUGUCUGAUUAAUUUUAUAAUUUGUGCUCACUAUGCGAAACUGAAGAAUUGCGCGGUACUGUGCCCGUGUUCUGCUUUAUGUGUGUCAUUGUUAGUUUGGUUGCCGUACAACAAUACAGGAUGUUGUUGCUUUGCUGCCUGCCUCGUACUUACCCGCAAUCCUACCAUAUAGUUACGCACUUUCGUAGCCUCGUAUAUGUACAGUUGGAAGUUAUUUAAAAAAAAACGUGACCAUACAUUCCGUACGAAUACGGAAGUAAAAAUUUAUAGUGAGACACGAGAAGCUAACGAUAUAAAAGAGAUAUAAAUAAAAUAAAUAUUUUUUGUACUGAAGUGUGUGGUUGGGCGUAGAGUUAUAUGUACGUUGACGAACCGCGGCUGCGAUCUGAUAGGUGUUGCACUGGAAGCGGCGACGGGGUCAUUGGACGCAGUGAACGCUACUUACUAUAGCAUUGCGUGCGCGCCUUACUGCGCUUGCAACGCAGGCGCGCACUACGAUGCAGGGAGGCGCUAGCUUCUCGUGUCUCUGCUAUCGUUAUGAACAGUGACUGGUUGAGCACGUUGCGGCGUCGCGUUGUCUGAGCUUCCUCACCUCAGUAUUAGUGCUCGCAACUGUCCUCAGUGCGCUCAAACACUCAUCUUGUGCUCAUAAUUAUGGAAGAAACACUUUUAAGUAGUUUAUUAAUUGUGUCGGUAAAGUAAUCUUGUGUUUAAAAUAUUUAAUUAACUCUUUAGGAAUUAAAUUGUCACUAGUUUACACUUUUACUCGAAGGCCAAAUAAUGAAUUCAAAGGCGUUUUCUUUAUAAUUUAUGACCUAAAUCAAAGAGUAAAUUGCUCUGAAAAUCUUUAAUAAUGUUAUUAGUUUAUACUUAAUUAUAGUUUUAGGUAUUAUAAGGUGACAAGAUGGAUACCGUGGAGUAUGAUGGUAGUUGUACCAGCACUUAUGUUCCGUGGGUGCGGGCAGACAGUUCGCCCCACACUACCAUCUACCGCCCUACUCCGUACCGACUUUGAACAACUUUGUAUAUUAAUUUUGGCUUUAGACAAGUUUUUUUCCUUAUUUUCACUUACCACAUGUGUUGUAACAUAAUUUCUUUUAGUUCGAUCACGCUUCCUAAAGCCCAAGAAGAUCGUUGUAUAGUUGUUCAAUUUAUUGUAAAAAAAUAUUUGGAUAAAUGGCAAAUCGCAACUUA